UAGUGAUAAGCAAAUAUGGAGAUAGUCUUGUGACAGAUAAAUCAAACAAAUUCCUCUCCCUUUUGUGACUAAGGAGAGUUUAUGAUAUGGCGUCCAACAGCUCUAGCGUAGGUGGCUAUGAUCUGAACUGGUUCGAAGAGCCCUCUGAAGGUCUGAAGUGUCUCAUCUGCCUCUGUGUAGCCAGGGACCCUCACCAACAUCCUGGAGAUGCUACCAAUGACUGUGGCAAAGUAUUCUGUCAUGACUGCAUCAUUGAAUAUCAGAAGAGCGAGACGACUUGUCCAAAUUGUCGACAAGAUUUAACUCUCUUUAAAGAUUCGAGAGGUGCCAGGGACAUCAAAGCUCUAAAGGUCAAAUGCAGCAACCUGGUCAACGGCUGUUGCUGGGUGGGGGAACUAGGAGAUCUUAAGACACACCUUCAGUCAUGUGACUAUGCUCUCCUGCCCUGUACUAACAAGUGCAAGAUCUAUAAUAAUAUUGCGAAGUUUCUGAGAAAAGAUCUUAAAGACCACCUCACCAACCACUGCCCAAGACGUCAGUACAAGUGUCCACAUUGUCAGGAGACGGGGGAACAUCAGGAGAGGACCACCACUCAUCUAGAGAUCUGCCCAAAGUUUAAGGUACCAUGUCCGAAUGAUCAAUGCCAGGGCAACAUUCCUCGCUGUGAGAUCAUUACCCAUCAAUCCAUGUGUGAAUACGAGCCUGUGUCCUGCAAGUAUGCUGAGGUUGGCUGUGAAAAAAAACCGCCACGAAAAGAUAUCCAAAUACACGAGGAAAAUGCACAAUUUCAUUUGAAAACAAUAGUCGAAAAUUCCCUAAACCUAAGCAAAAAAUGUGCCAGGUAUGAGAGAGAAAUCACCUAUCAAAAAAUGAGGCAGGGAAGUUCAAUAGAGAACGAUAUUUGUACCAUACAUGUUUUUAAAAUGGAUAAUUAUACACGUCGAAAAAACAACAGCGAAGUAUUUCACAGUCCUCCAUUUUAUACACCCUCAAAUGGCUAUAAAAUGUGUGCUCGUGUGCAUGCCAACGGUACAGGAGAAGCGGCUGAAGAAAAAUAUGAUUAUCUGUCUAUUGGUAUAUGUCUCAUGAAGGGGGACAAUGAUGACUCCCUGCCCUGGCCGUUCACUGGGAAGAUUAAAUUUGAGAUAUUAAAUUUGAUAAGAAACACGAACCAUCACAAAGGCGAAUUUAUAUUUCCACCCGAUGAUCCGGCAAGUCAAAGAGUAGAAGACGAUGAAAGAGCUGAGACAGGUUACGGUAUACCAUUCUUCAUGCCUCAUAAUGACAUAAUCAGUGUUAAUCCCACCAAAUGGGAGCAUCUUAAAGAUGACACACUGACCAUACGAGUUUCAGUCAAACUUCCCGAAUACAAAUCAUGGCUGGAAUGUACUUUAUAGACGUGUGUUAUAGACGUGUGUACAUGUGCAACAGAUUAAUACCGAAACAAUAAUUAGAACAGAAAUCGUUGCAGUACUGUUAUUAGACUUAGCUAUAAUUAUAUUGUAUAAUUUGAUAUUUCUCUGUGUGGUAUUCUACAUUGAUGUACUGA